AUAUACAUAUAUGUAUAUCCGCAUUUUGUUCGAUUUGUUUUGUAAUAAGUUUAGUAUAGCCAUUGAUACUUCUUAAGUUGUACUUUAAUUUAUAAAGUUGUAUGGAAUUAAAGAUUAGUGUAAGUGAAAUGGAUAAUAGCAUUUACGAGGAAUUAGACGGAAAAACUAUCCACCACCAAGAUGAAUCUAAAACCUCGACAAUUUCUAAUCUACAAACAUACGAAUCUUUAAUUCAUCAACAUGAUUCUGCAGUAGUGUAUGACAGCUUACAGACCAAAAAGUUUAAAACAACAAAAUGGAAAUGUCUACGUCAUUUACAAUCAAGGAAAAUAGCAAUAACAGUUUUCAUAUUUUUAAGUGUCGUCUGUUUUCUUGCAUGUGUUAUCAUCAUUUUCAUACAAACGACCAAGGUAAACCGGGAACAGACUGUGUCUAAAGAAAAAACUGGAAAUAAAAAUUGUGGCUAUUUUCCUAAUGAUUGUGAAAACAAAACGAUUCUACAUACGCCUAACAAAUAUGCGUAUCGACCAUUUAUCUUGUCAACUCAUGGUUUGUUUAUUUCUGAUAAAGAAUCGUUUUCCUUUCACGUGCAAGCAUGUAAUGACGUACAUGUUGCCUUGCUGCCUAAAGACUUUGAUAUCAUUACUGACGAAAGUGUCCUCUAUGAAAUUGUUAUCGGAGGGUAUAGAAACACAAUGUCAAAUAUUCGCAAAAGAAAACAAGGGCAAUCAUUUGUUGAACGAGCACGAAAAGGAUAUCUCAAUUGCACAGAAGUAAGGCAGUUUAAUAUAGAUUGGUCUAAUGGAAACAUCUCUGUAAGAUAUAUAAUGAAGAACAGUACUGUGGAAACUAUCAUGGCAUGGUUGGACCCAGCACCUCUGACGAUUAUUGAUGCUGGAAUAUCUACAGGUUUUGGUGCAACAGGAACAUGGACCUUCUGUGCAAACGAUUUUAAGAAUAGUACUGACAAAGAUGGAUUAGUAGAUGAUUUUUACAAAAGUGCUGAUAAAGAUGGAGCAAUAGAUGAAAUUAUUAUUGGUGUCAUCGGAGGAGCUGCUUUGAUUUGUUUUUUAGUCUCCUGUGCAUACAGAUUACGAUUACAUUUGGAAGCUAGUAUGGACAAUGGAGAAAAGCAAAUAAAUUCUUCAAGGACUGUGUGCACCAAAAAAUCUUCACCAGAAAGGCCUUCCAGUGAAGGACUGGCUAGCUACACAGACUUGCAAUCACAAACGGUUAUUCGUCCAUAUUCCAUACUAAAUACUAGUACUCUACAAACAUGCAUAAACAUACAGAAUGAUAAUUCUAAAAACAGCAAUACAUCCAAAAGGACGUCAACUUACAAAGAUUACGAAAAUAUUCAUGAUACACAUGUCAAAAAAGAUUAUGUAAACCUCAAUAAAAUGCAAUGUACUGAAUCACUUCCGGUGUAUUUAGAUCUAUACGAAACAAAUGGCAUUUAAUAUAUGUAAAGAUUAUUGUAUAAUAAAUGGGGUAAUUAGUUUGAAAAAAACAAAUGUUUUUUCAAUUUUUACCCUCAAGGCCUCGCAGUCAAUACUAAUGGCAGUGAAUGUACUCCUACACCGUUUACCAGAGGAAAUCAUGAAUUAUUUUAUAUAUAAAUAAAUGGAGUUUUGUUGCAAACGAAAAUGUCACACAUUGGCGUAUCGACCGCCGUGCUCCAGAAAAAUUACAAAGUCGGUAUACGUUAACUUAGAUGCACGCCAGAGGAAACCUGUACGCUACACGCACGUAAUAAAUACGUUGAAAACGCUACAUAUAAUUUUGUGACAAGUUGUACACGCUUCAAGAUUGUUCGACUUUAACUAGAACGUAUGCCGGAUGUGUCUUUAACAAACAUUCCAUACUUAAACGUCCCCAACGCGCCGAAGCAUGGAUUAUGAUCCCAAGAACGCUUAUCGUACGCCCAACACACGCUUAAAGCUCGUUUUGCACACACCAGAUAUGAUUGACAGGUUGAAAGCAUCCAAAAUUACUUGCGUAUUGACAGCGUACAUGAUUAUUUACCACGCCCGGCGUACAUUUGAGCUUUUCGUUGAUGUGUGACGCCGGUAUAACACAAACAACAAAGAAAAUCAGAAGUUGUCUUUUAAUGGAGUUUCAAUUGAUAUUUUAUAGAAAGUCUUUCUAUGUAGUGAUGUUACACUAGAACACACAAAGGACAUUUCAAUUAAUAGAACAAUCAGUAAUAAUGCAAAUAAAAAGACCAGGAAGAACCAAAGGAAAUCGAAAGUUAGAUAGAAACAGCAUACACAAUGACCGAAAAUUAAAAAAAAAGGUAAAAAAAUAAACAAUUAAAAAACAUUAAACCCAUGGGAAAACAUUAAAAUAAAAUGCGAUACUGAUAGUACCGAAGGAAAACAGUUACAUGAUAUUUAUAUUGUUUCGUGUCGAAAGUUCUUAUCUGCUGAGUCUUUAUUAGUUCUCAAAACUUGUAAUAUAUUGUUGAGUCAUGAAACCUUGCUUUACUUAAAGUAUUUUCGUUUUCUGUUGUCUUACUUUUGACCAA